CUUCUGCUCCAGUCUCCAUCAAAUGUCUUGUGGUACUAAAGCUCAGAUUUUAAAAGCUUGGUCUUCAAGUCCUUCAUGCAGCAAAACUGUCCUGAAUGCAGUGCUAGAAUAUGAGAAUGUGUCCACCUCAGAGGCAGAGGAAAGAGGACUGGAGACACACACUCUCUGUGGAUACAGGCACAUCUGCGGAGGGGAGAGAGUGGAGCCCGCUGCCCGCUGCUGCCCAGCUGUCAAUCAGAGUGACUUCUCCUGACUUGAGCCUGAGGUGUGCUUUGAGAGAUCCUCUGCCAGAUCAUCUCAGCUUUGGUCCCUUGGAACCACCCACUAGCGGCAGUCAUAAAUUGCAGGGCCAGAGAACUGCUGGUGAUAAAAUCUAUUGUGAUAACUGUGGAAGGCUCUGAGAUCUGAGGCACCGUGUGACUGCAUAUCCUGAAUUCUUGCUGUCAAGAUGGGGAAACAGAACAGCAAGCUGCGCCCAGAGGUCAUGCAGGACUUGCUGGAAAGCACAGACUUUACGGAGCACGAGAUCCAGGAAUGGUAUAAAGGCUUCUUGAGAGACUGCCCCAGUGGACAUUUGUCAAUGGAGGAGUUUAAGAAAAUUUACGGGAACUUUUUCCCUUAUGGGGAUGCUUCCAAAUUUGCAGAGCACGUCUUCCGCACCUUUGAUGCCAAUGGAGAUGGGACAAUAGACUUUAGAGAAUUUAUCAUAGCCCUGAGUGUAACGUCGAGGGGGAAGCUGGAGCAGAAGCUGAAAUGGGCCUUCAGCAUGUAUGACCUGGACGGAAAUGGCUACAUCAGCAAGGCAGAAAUGCUUGAGAUCGUGCAGGCAAUCUAUAAGAUGGUUUCCUCUGUAAUGAAAAUGCCUGAAGAUGAGUCAACCCCAGAGAAGAGGACAGAAAAGAUCUUCCGCCAGAUGGACACCAAUAGAGAUGGAAAACUCUCCCUGGAAGAGUUCAUCCGAGGGGCCAAGAGCGACCCGUCCAUAGUGCGCCUCCUGCAGUGCGACCCCAGCAGCGCCGGCCAGUUCUGAGUCCGGCGCCCCACCAAUUGUAGAGCUGCUUGUGUUCCCUUUGGAUUUUUCUUUUUAACAAAAAAAAAAAAAAAAUCUUUUUUUUUGCCAAACGAUAUUGACGGUGAUGCUGUUCCCCGUGUGGUCGGAUGCACCUCCCUCCGUGCCGCCUGCAGCUUCUUUUGUCGUGGACGCUUCGUGGGAAUGUCUCGAACCCCCGCGCUUGUGGAGAGCAUGGACCGUGCUGUCACGCACAGACUUUGUGUGUUCAUUGUUCUGACGAUUUUUCGUCGUUAUUAUUAUUAUUUUUCCUUUGAUUCGAAAGUCCGUGUUCCAAAACUGAAGACUAGGGGAGGCAAGAGAAGGGAAAGCAAUCCAGUCCGGUGAUUCUAUUGCAAGCUCAAGGGAUCUGUUUGAAAAACAAAACUCCCCUCCUGGGUCUGGAGUCACACAUGCCCAAGGGGUAAUGCCACCAGUUGCUGGACUCCCCAGGGACCAGGAAUCCUCUGGGGCCAGGCUGUUAAGGGACCUGGGGGAUCCCCCCGGAGGCCCACCCCACCCUCUUCCCCAGCAGGCUGUAGUUUCUAAGCUGUGAACAUUUCAAGGAAAAUUCAUAGAGGAGAGGAAAAAGAUGGCUCAGCUGUUUCUUUCCAGGUUUACACUAGUUGAGCUGAGUUUCUUUGGAAAUUAAACACAAAUGGUAACAUAUUUCAAAACCAGACCCAUCUUGUUGCCUAUUGUGGUUUUAAAAAAAAAAAGAUUGCUGUAUAUAAAAUAUUGGGUAUUGCAGACCAAAUUAAGUGUUUUGCCUUGUUUAAAUGAAAUGCAUGUUUAGUGGGCACUAAUACAAUCUUAUUACAGAAGACUGUUUUUAGUAGCUUAUUGUGAAGUAAGCCAGCUAUAAUGAAUGUCUAUGUCUUGUUUUAAAGUCAUAUCUGUCUUUGCACAAAUGCACCAAUCAACAGGUAUAUUUUAUAUAUUCCAGAAAAGUACAAAGUAACCAUGACCAGGGCCCAACCUUAAUUUUGAAUGCUUUUCCAGUGGUAGUGCCUAGGGAAUAGAAGUGGGGCAGGUUUGAGUGGGAUGUGUCAAUUGGAGCACCAGAAGGUUCAUAUUUAUUAGAGACGUGGGUUUGCCCACCCAGCACAGCAGCUCGUUGAUAGUCCUAGAUCAGAGGUGUGGUGCUUUCCUGAGCAGACAAUAUUCUGUAGGUGUUCCCCACCCCCACCCUAAAUAGCACAAAUUGUUGGGACUGCCCAACGGUUAGGAAGCCAUAGCUGGAAUAUGGACUUUUCCAUGCCCCCAGUGGCCCUUAAAAGAGCCAGAGGUUGGGCAAUCAUCUGGUUCAUCUUGAAGAAGGCAUAGGCCCGUGUGUCUGUGAUUUACAAGACCCACCAUGGGGAAUCCAAAAGCAUUUUUCAUCACCAUGUUCCCUGAAUGCAAACUUCUAUUUCCAGAAGUGACAACAUAAAUUUGAGUCGCUGUUUGGUCUGAUGACCUCAUACAUCCUCAUCUGAAUUGAAAGGUAACAGUAAAAUUUGCUGGUCACGGGUGAGGCAUAUUUCCACAAGCAGCAGGCAUGGGGAAGUCCAAGCACCCAAGGAUGUAGACGGAGAGAUCCUACCCUGGGAGAAGGCAGAGAGGUCCCCUUGGCUGCGGCCAACCUACUUCCUGUAGAGCAUGAACCACAGGAAGAUCAAUUUAUAACCAUGAAGAAAAUGAUGCUGAGCCCAUUCUAACCUCCAGAUUCCUGUGUGUUACUCGAUUCCAUUUUAACUGAUAGUAAAAAUCCAAAUUUGUAUGGUUGACCAAAACGAACCAGCUUCGCAGGGUGUUAUUCUGAGACCUGGACUCAGUAAAAUAACCUUCAUCUUCCUCUGUCGUUUUUUUAUCGUGGUUCUUUACGGUGAGACUGAGUUCCUCCAUUGGCCAAGUGGUAAAAUCUGGUUUUAAAAACGAGGGAAUUAACCUAAGACAUGAUGUGCAGAGUGGCGAGGGGAGCCGGCACCUCUAUAGGUGAUGUUCAGGAACUGUAUCCCACUUUCUCCCGCUCUUGAUCAAAGACCUAAUUCCUCCUUUAGUUCUCCAUACAUGGUGGGGUCAGGUAAUGUUUGGGAAAGCCCGCCUGGGCUCUGUCCUCGGUCAUGACAUCUUACUCAUCCAGACCCACUCUGUUCCCUAGAACCUAGAGCUGGAGUGAAAAGCAGGGGAGAGCGUCUCUAGAUGUUAACAAAAGAAAACAGAGCAGACGAGAGCUAAUGAACGCCAACACGCCCACCCGGGGUGGACGGAAAAUAGUCCUUGUCCUGGCCUGCCACUGACCCUGUCUGUAUUUUCUUGAGGGUUGUUUUCCUCAUUCUCCUCCUUCCCAGGAAGGCCUUUGUAUGUCUGAUCCAGCGCACUCGAGUGUGGCCAAGGGACUCGGCAGCACCCAGAAGGCUGAAUGCCUAAAGGCUUAUGUCAUUCCUGAGCUGGGCCGUUCAUUGUCAUUGCUGUGUUGAGGACCUCUGGAAAUGGAGUCUGUUCUGUCUGAAAUCAGGCCAGCCUGUGAUGGUCAAGGGACUGGAAUAAAGUGGCUUAUGACUUGAAGGA